UGACAGUUCUUAGCCUCUAACCUUGAUCUCUACUACAUUAGUCUCAUAGUAACUAGACGCUUUCAAAAUGGUGGCUUGUUUCUCUUUGCCACAAUUGUAAGUAUAAGUAAAAUCAUGUCUAAAUUCAUUUCAAAGGAUGCAAUUUGUACUUAUUUAGAAUUCAGAAUGAUUUGAUGAUUUAAUAAGAGAAUUAUUUUAUUACGUCUAAAUCUAUGUGUACUUCGCCAACACAAUAUUAAUGACAUACAAACUAGAAGUCUAGUAGAAGAGCUACUAUGAAUGAUUAGUAUGAUACUGUGAUCUAUCUAAUCUAGAUCUAGAUCUAGAGUCUAAUUCUCUUUAUUCAAUAGAUCUAAUGAUUAAUUUUAGCUAGAUCUAGAUUAUUGAUAUUGAAGUUCUAAUUGUAAAAGUAGACUAGAUUUAGAUGUAGAUCUUCAACUACUUCAACUACUAGAUCUACACUAGAUUCAUUAAUAACAGCGAAAGUGUGAAUUACAAAAUUCCUAACUUAAAAAAAAAAAGAAGGCAACAUGACAGGUUCGUGUUGCUUUGAAAUGAAAUCCCUGAGAAAGUAAGACAUUGGAUCCUAAAGAAAAAUGAAUGCGUCAUUACGAAAUAAAAGGGCUCCAAGGAGUGACGACUCGCCGCUGCCUCCCAAACAGACCGAGUGGCGAAAGUACAGCAAGACGUUAAUAGAAGAGCUCAAGGAGAAGCUGGAGGACCGAAGAGUGAAGACGUUGGCGCUCCUGGCCGAGAACAAAGAUCUCGCGGCCUUUCACGAGAUAGACACUGAGAGUGAUGGCCUUGAUGACACUAGUACCAAUGUCACCAGCAAGAUAGACAGACAGUCGGCCCAGCAGGAGCUUGAUUCAGAGCAAAUGCUGGCGCUGUCGUCUCAGUCCGAGGCUAGCUCGCUGACUGACUGUGACUGCUGUAAAGAUGAGCUUCACUCCGCUCUGCACAGGCAUUGCGCGUUUUCAGAGAACGUGACUGGAUGCGAUGGGGACUGCACCCACUACUCGUAUUCUUUGACCUCAUCGGUCUCAACAGAGGAGGAAGAUCAUUCAAAAAGCACCAGUCUGACUCCUCCUCCGCAUCAUUCCAAAGAUACUGUGACUUCUCCAGGGCGGACACUUGCAGCUUACGGAGAGAACGACGCCAACAGUCCAGCUUUGACACUUAAAAAAGAGGCUUCAAGGACAGAUGCCUCCUUGAGCAUGUGCGGCGGUCUGAGGGUCCACGAUCACGUCAGCUCUGCCUACGUCGUCAGACGGUCAUCUUCCCACUAUUGUCUCACCGCGUCCACCUCACUGGUCACACACAAUGAGAAAGUAAGAAUGUCCAGAAGCUACACUCACCUGGACCAGGAUAUAGAUUACGAACUGCAGUACGAAAAAAUGUAUUCCAGUGUGUCGCGCAUUGGUUGCAUUAGAUGUCUAGAUCCAAGGGAAACAUUCGAUACUUCCAAACACUGUGAAGACAUACGCUUCGACGAUGUAGAAAGAGACACAACAAUUCAAACACAAUUAACAGAUCUUGUUAGUGAUAGCUUUGCUGGAACGCCAACAGGGGCUUUCAAAGAAAUUGCACAAACUAACGAAGUAAACCUCAGCCAAUCAUCUAUCAUUUCUAACAGAACACCUGAUCGCAAAGAAUUUCCCGAUAAAUCAAAAUUAACAUUAGAUAUCAGUUUUUUGAAUGAUGAGAUGAAGACUGGGGAUAGAAUAGCUGAAAUCAGGGAUGAAUACACAGACCACGUGAUUGAGGAUAGAACAAAUCCAGUUGGAAUGCAGACGGAAAUCGGGUUAGAAUAUUUAAAAACUUUGACUGGAAAACUCAAUGAAAUAGUUUGUAAUAAACAAUGUGGAGAUAUUAAAAAACCACUCAAAACUGAAUAUUUCGAGCCUGAAAAGAAAGUUACAGAUUUGGCGUCGUGUGACAGAAAAGCAUCUGAAAAAUGUUACUUUCAAUGGAAGCAAAUGUUUGAAGAAAUCUGCGAUGUUAUUAACAAAAGCCUGUUGGAAGAUAUUGACAAGAUGCUUGUGCUGCAGCUAAAGCAGAGGAUCAACCGUUGUUCCGCAGGCUUGAACGUCUCUAGCAACAGCGGCUACGCGACCUCAAUGAAGGACGUGGGGGAAAGCAGUCACGAGCUGGAAGGCUCUUACACGUUUUCGAUGAGUGAUUGGAGCAGCCAACAGCUGAAAAUGUGUCUUGAGAAGGCACGUCUGGCUAGUACUCUUCAGAAGAAGGUAAGUCAGGGGAAGAGUAACAUUGCUACAACGGCAGCCAGAAAGGCUUACGAGAAGGCUAUUGGCGAUUUUGACGGGGUUAUGAACGACUUCCUCAAGUCCCACUUGCCUGAGGACGGCCAGCGACCACGUGAUGACCAGAACAGAAUUGACCCCGUUGCAAGUUUCCGAAGAUCAGAAACGUUUGUCAUUGACAAAGAUUCGGACAUUGAACAAAGAUCAACGUGGAACAUCUCUGAGAGUCCGUUUUUAAAACUCGACACAGUAGCAAAUAAUGAGGAGUCCUACAAGCAAAACGAUGGAACAUCGGAUUACAUUGAAGAAGAUGUAAUGAAGGGAAACAAAUCAGGCCCCGGGAGUUAUAACAAUGACAAGCCACCAAAAUCGUCACCAACUUUUCUAGUUUCAAAGGAACCUCCUGUAGUAAGAAAGCAAGCAAAACGUAAAAAGCAAAGCUCUAAGCGCCAUAUUGCUAACCAGUUUCUCUCCGGGAUCAAAGGGUCAGACACUGAUGCUUAUUUGUUGAAACAUAAGAGCCCCGCGGCAAAUAUAGAUUCGGAAAGUGACUCCACAGACAGUGUCUCGGACACAAUUGACCCUAACCCGCCUAAAUAUACCUCAUCGAUACUUGCACAGCUCUUGGACUACGAUUCACAAGAUGAAAAGACUUUCGGUAAACACGACCAGGCCGUAUCAGAUGAGAGGUUUCAAGGCUACGACCAGUCCGUAUCAGAUGAGAGGUUUCAAGGCUACGACCAGUCCGUAUCAGAUGAGAGGUUUCAAGGCUACGACCAGUCCGUAUCAGAUGAGAGGUUUCAAGGCUACGACCAGGCCGUAUCAGAGGAGAGGUUUCAAGGCUACGACAAGUCCAAAUUAGAUACGAGUCCUAUAAAAUAUGAAGUGUCAUUAUCAGAAACAAAGUCCAAAGAAAAUGAACAAUCCGAAUUAGACAGGAGGGCUGAACAAUCCAUAUUAGAUAACACAUUACAAACAAACGAACAGACUAAAAUAAUUGUAAACACUAAAAAUGCAUUUAGUUUAAACAACGACCGUGUGGUCUCAGACAUUACUUUUGAUUCAGAAGAAAACUUCGCAUGUAAUCAUCCUAUGGAAAACAUUAACACCUUUGCACUGGCCACGACAGAAAUCGACAAAGACCCAUGCAUUGAUUACGACUCUGAUUUCAAUACCGGAAGCAUUAGUGAAUGCAUUCAAGAGGAGGAUGAGAAUGUUGACAAUGACGAUCACGACCUUGGCCUUUGUUUCAAAACAAGUGACAAAAAAGAUGUGGACUCUUCAACUUUUUACCUUGACAGGCCAGGGCGUUCGAGAGAUAGUUCCGACAUGAACGACGAUGCAGCACUUGCUAAGGAGAAAACUAAUUUAGAUGUGUUUGAUUUAGAGGUUUUGAAUGGGAAAGAUGAACAAAACACAACGCUAGGAACGAAAGUAAAGACAGACAAUGUGAACAAUGAAGAAAUCGACCAUUCCACCAUUGACCCAAAAACAUUGAAGAGUGAAAAAACGAAGGACGGGGAUGUUUCUGCUUCCCACACUGCAGGCGGGGCCGCUUGUAAACCAAGCCACUUCUCUAAGAAAGAAGAUGAGGAAGAAAAUAUCGGUACAAACAGAACAAAAACGAGAGGGGUUAAAAGUUUUCAUCAAACAGAAACUCCUGGCACAUCCGCUGGCGUUGAUAUCACAGCCACUACCUCCAGCUCAUGUAACUACAGAGAGUCAAAGCGUCGAUUCGGCAAACAUGUGUUGAAGUUAUCUGAUGAUAAACCAUCCGACUGUGGCCGCGCGCAGUUCAUCCCUAUGGUAGAAUGGUCCAGCAGCGAAGAGGAUGUCUUCGAAGACUUGACCAGAGAUAAGAGCCCAUCUGACCUGCUCCGACAGAAACAGAAAGAAAUAGUGGAUGAAAAGCUUAAGAAGUUAACUGAGAUCUCCAAGAGGAGACGAAAAUCGCGAUCCCCAGUUAGCUACAGGCUACCAGACAGCUAUGUGAAUCUGAAAACCCUUCUGCAAAAUGCUCUGCGUGAUGGCGAUCAAGAGAUGAACAUAACGGAUGCCGCAUAUGCGUCGUUAUCAUUUGGUCAGAAACAGCUGUUUACCGUUUUAAAAAGCCCUGUUGAGGCGCACAGAGAAACUGUCCCAGCACAGCCAUCUGUCUCUGACCUACUGAUUGCUAGACUCAAUGACGAUGAGACGGACCCCGAUCUAAAGAUAGCAUCCACUGAACCGACACAAGGUUUGGCACAUGAAGAAAAUAAUGAAAUUAUUGAAGUAAGCAACGAGUUUCAAACUCCAGGGGACAAUACCAUUAAAUUACCUUCUCAACUAUUAAAAGCGAUUACUUCCCCUGAGUCGCCACAGCGAUUUGUGACAAUAUCUUCUUUCACCUCCCAGUCUCCUACGAAAGCUAAACAGCUUAACGAGCGAGGACAACAUGGCGCAGCUAAAGAACUCUCAAGCAAGACAGCAUCCACGGAUCGCGCCUCCUCUGUCAGCUCCACCAGUGACGAGUACAAUCUCCCUGAGAAUGUUAGCCAGGACAGGAACGAUUCUAUACCCCUUGAUGAGCUCUUCAACUUUGAAACUCAAGUUGGUGAAAUUCAGGAAGAAAAUAUUUUGCCAGACCAGUUUGAGAAUUCCGACAUCCUGAAAAAUACCCAACGAUGCAACCCCAAACAAAAAGAAAUAGGAUCUAGUCCAGGUUUAGAAAGUACAGAAAUUUUAGCUCAAGAUCAGAAAGUUCAAUUGACACUUUCCGGUCAAGAGACGAAAGCUGUAGACACUAGAGUAAGGGAAGUCAAAAUGGAACACCAAGUGGUCUCUCAUGUGCCGAGGCCGCUACUUACCGCUGUAACAGAGGGUGGUCCAUUUGUAGUUUGUGACGACAACGAGGACUUUCAACUCAGUAACAAAGAAGUCAUUCUAAACGAAGUGAGAGUUUUUUUGUCUCAAGAUCCGAAUAUCGGGAAAAGAAAAUGUUGUACUGACUAUGGUCAACAGUCUUCUAUUGCAAAAACUGACUCGAAGAACGCUGAUCAAAAAGGAACAACAAAGGACCAACUUGACUGGCACGAUGAUGAAAACAGGCUUCUAAUUCCUACCCCAGUGAAUUCUCCGUACAACAGCGAUGAAGACAAUGAACAUGCUCAACAUAUUGAAGACGAUGAAGAGGGUAAAGGCGAAGCUUUAGUUGACAAGCUAGACGACUGGAUGUUUGUUGGGGACUUUGAGACGUUCAGGAAAUUUGUAGACGCCAAAAAGACCACUGAUAAAAGCGAAUGUGUGUUUGGCGUUAGGAACAAUGCAACAGAACCAGUCAACUUAAGUCGCCUUGACUGCGUGAAAUCUGAUAUAAACAGAGAAAGUGAACAAUCGACAGAAGAAAGCCACAAAGAUGUCUCGACUAAAAUAUAUGUGGAGUGUUGCGGGCAAUCUUCAAAAAAUAGUCAUACAGAUGGACCAAAUGAUCAAAAAGAUACUAAUACACCCGAGGCCAAACGUUUAAGCCCAACAGUGCUAAAAAUCCUAGAAAUAAAUGCAAAUGCCGAAAUUGACUGUAGUAGCGAACGUCAGGGGCACAACCAGAAUAUACUGAGUUCACUUCUUGAUAAAAUUACUUUGUUAGAAAAUCUCCUUGGUCAGUCCCAAAAGCCAGACAAUACAACUAAGGAUCAGCUUUAUCCUAAUUCCGUUUCUUGCUUACCAUCUGAACACCCACACACCAGGACAGGACACGCAACAACUUCUCAAUUGCCCAUCAACGCCCCAUUGCUCUGUCCAUUCUGCAUACAUGAAUACCCCCGAAGUACCUUCCAAAACUGUUGGGAUUAUUACGGUAUGUGUGGCCGACGCUCCACUGGAGUGGUGCACUUGAACGAGGAGAUGGUGGACCGAUUCGCCACAGACAAAGUUCGCUCCAGGGCGUCUCAGACCGAAGCCUCAAACGUUACACGUGAAAAAAUUGUUAGACUUCACAGUGUGUCCACACAAUGUCUACCUCACGAUUGUGAAUCUAACAGAAAUAUGGAAUGUCUUGUUCCCACCAAACAGACUAAACAAUUUGGAUGCCAGGUAGAUUUCAUUCCUACGAAAUGUCAGUGCAUGCAACAAUGUCUUUCUUCCAUAGACAAUCUGGAAGGGAUAGAAAGAAAGCUGCACGAGGAACUUGUCAGCUCUGUGAAAUCUUGCAAGAAAGAAACUGAGGAUCUUGUAAAUGUUGGAUACGACAGAGUGUCCACUUUACUGACCACUCAGUUAACUGAAUCAUUUGACCGAUCUCAACAGAUUCUAUCAUCCUUGAUGACCACUUACAAUCAAACAGUGAUCCAACAACUAGCAGACAUCAAUCGCAGUAUAGCGUCCAUGCAAUCCGUAAAGGAACUCACGACAGAUGGGAAAGGGCAGACAACAAAGACUGGCAUUGAUUACGACACGCUCAAAAUGAGAGUGGUCGAGUUGACAUCGCAGAGAGACGCCGAGAAAGUAUUCCACAAGAUCACGAGGGAGUCGCUGAGGGCCCUAGAGAGAGAUCACGAUAGACUGCGCCAAGAGUAUGUCAGGGCUACGUACCGAAGACAUCAUCAUAAUAUUGAGGGCGAAGCUCGACAACGUGUGUACAACCUUCUGAGUGAACCCGACAGCCAUCAUUGCAGACACAGAAGUGACAAGGGGCAUCACUCCAAAUACUUCACAAGACUCGCAUCAGACGAGACAAAGAGAUUCUAUUCCACGGAUGACCAACCAGAACAGCCAGCAGGCCGAGAUCGAUCUAUUCACACAGCCUGCAAAGACGAAUCCAGAAAACACAAGAGUGAAGGCGCUGGGUCGCGUGCCUGCUCUGAGACGAGCAAAUCAAGGGCGCAUCGGAGAGAUAAAAAGAGCGGACACUUGUCGAAGCGACACGACAAAGAUCUUAACAAAGACAUCAUGGCCGCCUUCGACAAUAGCAUCUCCUUCGGUAACAGUCGUAACUUCUCGUGUGAAGUCGUAAAUGACAGCUCGCUAUGUUGUCAAGUGGAGCUCAAACCAUCAAUGUCGCAAAGUGAAGAGAAUCGCGAACGAUCUCGCCCAGAAAGUCGAAGCAAGACAGAAAGUUCUCAGCAUCUUACAACAGGUAGCCGAGAAGAGCAUUCUACCAACACCGAGCGUAGCAGCACUGAACAACACUAUGGGAUUAAAGGUUCUCGAAAUGCAAAACUGCAUGCGUCAGUUGUCAAAGAUGGCGGUGCCUGUGCACUUCAACGACCAGCAGUAUUACCAACGAAUGAGUCGUCUGCAGAUAAAAGUGUCACUAAAACCAAAACGGAACCCGUGGUUUCUGAUUCCAAAAGUAGUUUAGCCUUAACCAAUGAUAGCUUUUAACUAAAAAAAAAAUAUUUUAAAGUUUUGUUUCUGAGUCCUUAGCUUCGCAUUGAGACACUUAAGUAGACGAUAGAUAAGUUCGAAAAUGACAGCGUGGACUCUCCAUCUUUUCUCUGCUAAAUGCUAUCACUACAUCUCUUGGCUACUUCCGCCAUCCCUCUCAAUGGAGCGCCCAAUUACAUAGCUUUCCUAGCUGUAGUAUUAUUAAUGACUACAGUUAACUAUAACUACUGUCAUCCUGACCAAUGACCUUGAGUUCGAAUUUAGCUAAUUUAGAAAACAUAGUUUGAGUUUUUGAUACUUCUGUAAGCAAGCUUAAUCUCUUCGCUACAGCUGUAAACAAGUUUAAUCUCUUCACUACAGCUGUAAACAAGCUUAAUCUCUUCGCUACAGCUGUAAACAAGCUUAAUCUCUUUGCUAAAGCUGUAAACAAGUUUAAUCUCUUUGCUACAGCUGUAAACAAGCUUAAUCUCUUCGCUACAGCUGUAAACAAGCUUAAUCUCUUUGCUAAAGCUGUAAACAAGUUUAAUCUCUUUGCUACAGCUGUAAACAAGCUAUGUGCUAAUAAUACAAAUUUAUGGAUAAUCUACGCAGAUCUAGUACCAUAACAGUGUUUUGUUACAAAAUAUUGCAUUUUCCUUUUCACUUUAUAAACAUAAGCCAAGUCAGAACAUUGAUAUAUUGUUAAUACUAAUUUUUUUUUUGUUUGUUUAAAUACAAAAUAUUGUAUUUGCUUAUUAAUGUCAUUGUUGUAAAUCACUAAACGCUUUUUUGUUUGUUUGUUUUUUAA